UAUUGGGAAAAAAAGAUGAAGUCCGUGUUGACUUGUUCACUUUGAUGCGAAAGUCACUGGAAGUUCCCUGAGAGAGAGAGAGAGAGAGAGAGAGAUAGAGAAACAGAGUGCAUUUAUGUAUGUAAAAUAGAGAGAUGUGAGAGAGAGAGAGAGGGAACAUGGACUUGAGAUCUUCUUCAUCCCUCAGAUUCUAUUCUACACAGAGACAGACAGUGCAUGCGCAGCUCAAAACAAUAGCCGCAGGUGAUUGAUUACUGACAAACAACACUAGGAGGCUCUCUCUCACUCACUUGAUGGCAUUUGGAAGACGAAUAUUAUCGUCCAUCUUUGAUAAUAAGAAUGAUUCAGAUCAAGAAAAGAAUUUCCUGAAUAACGGAAGCAUGUUUUUAGAGGAUCUUAUGGCUUUUUCAAAUGGCAAAUAUAAUACUUCUAUUGGUAGAUUCUCUAUCCAAGAGCUCUCUCAGGCAACAAAUGGAUUUUGCUCCGAUCAAAUUGUGGCAGAUGUCGGAUUUAAAAUUUAUAAGGGUUCUUUUGACAAACGCCUAAUUUUAAUCAAGAUGCAUCAAGAUUCAAAUGUACACAAUUCAAAGUCUGGGGCUAUCCGUGACAUGGUGAUUAUGUCAUUAAUGAGUAGUCACAAGAAUGUUUUAAAGCUAAUAGGUUGUUGUCUAGACUUGGACAUUUCUGCUUCAGUGUAUGAAUAUCCAGCAGCAGGAGGGAGUAUCGAAUUACUUUCCACACGUUUGUUUGAAAGUGAAGGCGGCGGCAUGGCAGAGAAUGGGAGGUCAUCAUCAUUCACAUGGAAAAAUAGGCUAAAGAUCGCAAAUGACAUUGCGUAUGCUGUUAUUUACAUGCACACUGCGUUUUCAACACCCAUCAUCCAUAGGGGCCUAAAACCAAUGCAUAUUAUCAUAGACCAAUCUGGUGUUGCUAAAUUAUUGGAUUUCUCCUUAUCUAUAGCAAUUCCUCCUGGAGAAACACAGGUAGAAGAUUCAGUAAUGGGGACGUUUGGAUAUGUAGCUCCUGAGUACAUGGCAACGGGCAUUCUCACUGAGAAGUCUGAUGUUUAUGUUUUUGGCGUGAUUCUUCUUGAACUUCUGACUGGGAAAAAAUCCAUAGACGUGUCCCUUGACAUAGAUUUUCCGUACUCCUUACUAGUAUGGGUGAGAGACUCUGUAGAAAAGGAUCCGUUCAAUGAAAUUGUGGAUCCAAGAAUUCUGAAAGAAAGAGGAGGAAUUGAGCAAGAACAACAAUUACAAGCUGUACUAGCACUUGCCUUGAGAUGCACCCAAGAAAACAAAGAAGAUAGACCAGAAAUGAUCGAAGUCACUAAAGAACUCAGGCGGAUGCUCAAGUCUGAUUGCCCCUCCUCCUCAACUCAACCAUAAUAAUCCUCCAUUUCUAAGAAGAUGAUGACAACGACUAUGUGCUUCAUGCAUAGUCACCAAUUCAUACAAUUAUGUAUUACAUAUUAUAUAUGCUACUACUCAUCUCUCUCAUUGUCAUAUAUUGUUAAACCAUUCUGUUUGGCUCUCCAUUGUUUGUGAGGUAGAAAACUUUUGCUCUACAAAUGAUUAUUCAGUAUAUAUAUAGCAACUAUUUUAAUGUUAUGAGAUCUUGUGUGGUAUGCUCUGAUUACUGAAUUGCAGUCUCAGUGUAUGUCUCAUUACUACGAUGAA